AUUAUAUUAAUUUUAUACAACAUUAAAUGUUAUUAUUAUUAUUAUUAUUAUUAUAUAAUGGUUUCGUGUUGAUACCCAUCUUCCAUCUCGUCAGUUUCUUACUUCUCUCUGCCACCUCUCUGUUUUCAUUAUUUUUCUUUAGUUCUUAAGCUUGUCCAAAGCAUGGCUCUUGUUGGGGUUCACAGAGAUAGAGGGGAGUUGAGGAUUCAUGAGAGUUUAGAGGAGCUUAUUACUGACUUGGCAGAUUAUAUUGCUGAAUUAUCAGAGGCUUCUGUGAAGGAGCGGGGUGUCUUUGCCAUUGCUUUAUCUGGUGGUUCUCUCAUUGGCUUAAUGGGGAAACUCUGCGAAGCUCCUUAUAACAAGACUGUGGACUGGGCUAAAUGGUAUAUAUUCUGGGCAGAUGAACGUGUGGUCGCAAAAAAUCAUGCUGAUAGCAAUUAUAAGCUUGCAAAGGAUGGUCUUUUAUCAAAGGUGCCGAUAGUCCCUAGUCAUGUGCAUUCAAUUAAUGAUUCAGUGUCUGCAGAGCAGGCCGCUGAUGAUUAUGGGUUUGUCAUUCGACAGUUAGUGAAGACACGGAUGGUCAGUGUUUCUGAUAUUUGUGACUGCCCAAAGUUUGACCUUAUCCUUCUUGGAAUGGGCUCUGAUGGCCAUGUUGCCUCCCUAUUCCCUAACCACUCACUGCUUGAAGAGAAAGACGAAUGGGUAACUUUUAUCACCGAUUCUCCUAAACCCCCUCCCGAGAGGAUCACAUUCACUUUACCUGUCAUCAACUCAGCAUCAAAUGUAGCCGUGGUUGUGACAGGUGAAAGCAAAGCAGAGGCGGUACAUUUGGCGAUUGAUGAUGUGGGACCUGACUGCCCGGUACUGCCUUCCCGAAUGGUUCAGCCAACAAAAGGGAAGUUGGUUUGGUUUUUGGACAAGCCGGCUGCAUCAAAACUUGUAAGUGUUGAAUUUUGCAAGUAGGGCCUAGAGAUUUAUUGCCAAAGUGGACGUCUGUAUGUAGUAGUGGUCCUAAUGGAGGGAUUUGAAACAAUUGAUCCUUUUCUGUUCCAUUAGUUGCUGCUCCUUUUAUUUUGCUUUGGGUUGAAUUCUCUUCACUUUGGGUUUUCUCCUCUCAUUUUUAGUGGGGUUGUGUAGUGUGAUGAUCCUUUCUGUAACAUGAGGUAAAUAAAUUUGGGGCCUCUAUGAAAAAGCCUCUUUUUUUCCUGGUUCUGAUUCGUUUGGGAGAGUGACUGAAAGUCAGAUAUAGCAGUGAUGGGAAGGCCAGAGGAUUAGAAUGCAGAAGAGCAGGCCCUCUAUGCUCCUCAUAUAGUGGACAUCUCUUUCAUGAGAUGAAGUAGUUUUUUUUUUUU